UGCUUCUGACCUGGCAACUCUAGUACAAAACCCGCUUCAGGUUUUCAGAGGCUCUAGCAGGCUCUGAAGUAGGUGUUACUGAAGGAGGUGUUGCUCUAGUCAAGCGCUUAUUUUUUUGUUUGAAUGGGAAGAAAAGGGCCGAGCUAAGAACGGAGGUUCGGAGAGUACCAUUAGCAAAGCCUCCUCCGCACCACCCCUCCCUUCCCGCCCUCGCUUGUAGGCCCCGCUUGUAGCGGCAGAAAGAGAAACAAAACAUGUCUGGACUUGACUCCGGAUUGGAAGGAGCUGCGUCAGGAUUCUCUGAUCUGAGCGACUCCGAAUUCCUGGAAAUCGAGGAGCCGGAGGAUUCAGAAAAGCUGAGCUGUUCCAUCGGCCAUCCCCCAGGAUCCGGGCCUGAUGAUGUGGCAAAAGAGAACUUGCUUGAAGUGAUAAAGAGAAAAAGAAGUCAGGUGCCUCUCGAAAUGUUCCACCUGCGCUACCUUUCAGUCACAGAUAUAUCUGCUCAAGUGUGGUGUGAACAGCAAAUAGUUUAUAGGAGAGAGCAUCCGAAUCUGCUGCUUCCUGAAAAUACUGCACUGCUGGACACAGGAAAGAGCAUUCAUCUCGCCAGAGAGUUGGAAGACCAUGACCUGGUGAUGGUUCACACCACAAGCCAAGAAGAUUCCUGGGCAAUCAAAGUGCUGAAUCUUCUGAUAAUGCUUCGUAUCCUACAAGCAGGUCACCGUGUACGAGAAUUUCCAGUGUUUGGAGUGCUAGAAGACAUUUUUGUGGUUGGGAUCAUUGACCAGCUGGGUUAUACGGCUAAAGGAGAGCUGGAACUGAAUGAGCUGAAGACCCGGAAUCAAGCCUCCAUGCCUUCGGCGUCGCAGAAAAAGCGGGAUUAUUUUCAGGUCUUUCUGUAUAAGUAUAUCUUUGAUGCCAUGAUGCGAGGGUGCCUGACAUCUGAUAGUUUCAUCCAUCACCUCUGCCUGCGGCCAGAGCAGCCGCUUGGACCCCACGUUCAAGAGCAGGCUCAGAGAGCGGGUUUCACCGUGGGUUGCUUCCAUGACCUCUUGGAGCUUCUCUUCCUCAACUUGUUGCUGCUGGAGAUCCCUCCCAUCGACCGCUUGCAAAUUGAGUACAUCCACCAGGAGACCGGCACCCCACUGGGCACGGAGGUCUUGGCUUACGACCAGAAUGAUGUCCGAGCCAAAGUGCAGUAUUUCUUAGCCUACUGGAAAGGGCAGCGGGACCCCGAAGGUGUGGAUGUUGAGGACGCUUGGAAGUGUCGCUAUUGUGCCUACUCUAAUGUUUGUGUGUGGCGGAUGGGUGAGAGCCGGAAGCCCAGUAGAAAGGUGGAAAGAGUCCAAGUGAAAGAAUGAUGGAUCCAGUGAUGGAUUGCAAGGGACUUUGGAAAAGACUCUGCUGUGACGUAGGGCUUUGUCAUGAUGGUAGAAAGAGUUCAACCCCUACAGCUUUUCUUCACUAGCUCUAGAGGAAGGAAGCAUCUCUUUGCCUGCACUGCCACCCCACUCCCCUCCCCCCCCCACAAACCAGGCUGGCUAUGGGAUUGCACACUGAUGCUUUAUUUAAUAGCCUGUGCAUUCAUUUAAGUGUCGGUCCAGGGAGGGAGAAACUCUGUCCCUCCAUUUGUUUUUGGAUUCCCAGCUCCCAUCAGCCCCAGCCACCAUGGCCUAAGGGGCAGGCAUGUUGGCAGUUGCAGGCCUCUGGAGGUUCUGCAUCUGUGGUUUCCGGGGUUCUUUUCUGUAAGUCCGAAUUGCUUUAUGUAGAUAGCCGAGACACUCACUAUUCUGCUGCAUCAUCUUCCAGAAACUGUUCCUUUUAUUUGGUAGCAGUAAAGCUGUGGUUCUUGAUACGUCUUAAUGCAGGAAGACACACAAACCAAAGUUAAAAUGGUGUCUCAGAAUUGCACAGCAGUAAUGACCAGACACAUUUUGCAAAUUUCUUCCUCUAGGAGUGCUUUGCUAUCCUCAGCCAGGUGACAGAAUAAGGCUUUCUCAACCUUGGACCCUCCAAGGUGUAUUAGGCUGCAAUUGCAGUUGUGGAGGGGACCAAGUUGGUGAAGGCUGGAAUGAGGCUUGGGGCACCAGGUUGUGAAUCUCAGUACUCCUGUGGUGACCACACAUUCAACCACCUUUUAGAUUCCAGUCACAUCCACACCAUACUUUUAAAGCACAUGGCUUCCCCCAAAGACUCCUGGGAACUAUUGUUUAUCCCUCGAAGAUCUACAAUUCCCAGCACUCUUAACAAGCCACUAAACUUGAAAUCUCUCUUUCAGCAUGGCUGUUAACAAUGUUUAGUUUCCUUAAGAGGCCCAUUUUGGGGGUUUCUGGUGGUUGUUUGUUCCAGAAUGUUGCAUACAAAAUUAUGGCCAAUAUUAUGAUAUACAGUGCUUGGAUUUGAUGAUUUAUCAUUUAUCGUUAUGGAUCUUUUUAUGUAAUUCAACAAAUGUACAUGUUCUUAAGCCCUGCUUCAUUCCUCAGUGGUGUAGUUGACUCAGGGGGUCUUAGACCCUUUACUUUUUUGGGACCAGGGUCCCAAUGUCUCCAGCAUCCUAUGAGCCAAGUUCUUUCAGCAAGAAAGGAGAGUGGGUUAGCCACUGCAAAGAGUCUUCUAACAUGCUAUGUUGUCCUUUCCUGCUGAUUUGGAGCCAGUAAGACUCUUCUCAGCAGCUAACACUUUCAUGUUUUUUGGCUCCUAGGGAUGCCUACAUUAACAAGGAUCUCAUUCUCAGAAAAAAAAGAUGGAAGUGGGUGUGGCUGUGAUUAUCGUGAAGAGCCCCUAUGCUUCUGAAUUUGCCACUACACUACUGUCAUCCCUGUCCUGACAAAUGCAGCAAUGCUAUUGCACCUCUCAGCACACACAUACACAUACAAACACCACUGCCACCUACAGUGGCAUACCAAGGGUGGAGCGGUGGGUGCGGUCCACCCCGGGUGCACUGUCAACCAGCAAAGCUUUUGCCUCCUUUCCUCUUUUAAAAUAACUUUUUCAUACAUGCAAAUGAAAAACACAAAAUGCCGAGGCUUUGUGGAGCAGAAGGGCUGAAUCUGUUUUUUUUUGCAGAAAGACAGUUUCCUAAGAGGCACACAGAGACAGCCGACCAGGCACUACACUGGCAAAGAAUGUUGUGCCCCCCCCCCCGGUCAAAUGAAGCUCAACUUUACUAGAGUUUUGGACCUUCCGGCUUCACAUGAGUGUUGAUGAGAGCGAACUCGAGGAUUUAUCAACAAAUGUUAAAUCAAGAAGUUAGGAGCCCAAUUAUCUUUUAUUGUAAAGAUAGCGGGGCGGAUAGAGAUAGUAAAGGCUAAAUCCUUCCGGGCAGCGAUCACCUCCUUCCCUUCAUAACAUUCUUAGGCUCUUUACCCGUUUUAAGAGGUCUUCUGGGUGGUUAGUCAAUGCUGUGGCUUUCUUGUCAAUUUCAAAGAAGCUACUGCAGAAAACUCUUACCUGACUCAGCCCUCCCUGUUUUUUCCCAUACAGGCAUAGAUCAGCCUUCCCCAACCUGAUCCCUACCCCUGUAGGAUGUUUUUGCAGGCACCAGGUUGGGGAAUGCAGGUCAACUGUGGUCCUCCAGAUGUCAGUCUGCAGUUUUCAUCAGCCCCACACCUUACAUGCCCAUGGCCAGGGAUGAUGGGACAACUUCUGGAGGUCGCCCAUCCAUGCAUUAAAGUGUAUGUCCUUUGGUCAAGGGGAGGAGGAUUGGGGGUAUGUUUUUAUAUAUCAGCCCACAAAUUGAAAUCUCUUUUUUCAACUACCCUUCAAGAAUCUCAUGAAACCGAAUAUUAAGACUGCCGCAUUUCCAUGUGCAGUUUAAUGGCCAUGUGUACCUCAUCUGCACGACCCUGUUUUGACUGUAGUUAUUCUAUUGGCGAUUUGCUACCGGUGCUGUUAGUUUCCGUCAAGGAUGACUGCUGCAGUUGUGUCUAGCAGGAGUUACUUUACAGCUAUUGUGGUUCUGGGAAAGCAUGGUAGGCAUUAUUAUACCACCAAUGGUAAGGGAGGAAGAACGAAUUGCCACUGAUUCCAGAUUUCUGAACCACCAAGGUGUGUAAUAUCGGCUGAGUUUUACUGCCCAUAUUUAAAAGGAGUUAACAAUGCAAUCCUAUGCUUGUUUGCUCAGGAGUAAACCCUGCUGUGUUCAGUUUAGCUGACUCCUAGGUACGUGUGCAUUGGAUUGCAGCCUAGCAAUACAGUCCUAACCAUGUCUACUCAGAAGUAAGCCCUAUUGAAUUCAAUGGGGCUUACUCCCAGGUAAGUGGUGUUGAUUGCAUCCUAAGGCUGUGUGCACACCAUACAUUUAAAGCAUAUUAUUUCCCCCCAAGAAUCCUGGGAACUGUAGUUUGCCCCUCACAGAGCUACAGUUCCCAGCAUCCUUCAUAAACUGCAAGGGAUUGCCACGGAUUGGCUGUGUGGUCUUGGGCAAGGCAGCCUUUCUCAGCCCUAGUUCUCCAUCUGUCCUGUAAAGAUAAUAGGGACCUAUUUUACAAGGUUGUUUUACAGGCAGAUGUAAGAAAGACUAUCCAGCAAUUUGCAAAUUAAAGCACCUUCCUCUUUCAACAAGCCUUUUAAGUAGAGACCUUAUCCUAGUCUGCGUCUGUGUUGGAAUUGCUUUUUAACAUGUUUUUAAACUUUUUUUAAAAAAGAUGGUUUUAAAGCUUUAAAAAAGUGUUUAAGGAUGUUUUGUUUUAAUAUAUUUUAAAGAGAGCCAGUGUGGCGUACUGGUUAAGGUGUUGGACUGUGACCUGGGAGACCAGGGUUCGAAUCCCCACACAGCCAUGAAGCUGACUGGGUGACCUUGGGCCAGUCACUGCCUCUCAGCCUCAGAGGAAGGCAAUGGUAAACCCCCUCUGAAUACUGCUUACCAUGAAAACCCUAUUCAUAGAGUCGCCAUAAGUUGGGAUCGACUUGAAGGCAGUACAUCAUCAUCAUCAAAGUCUGUUUUUAUGAUGUUUUAAAGUGUUUUUAGUGCUUUUGUUUGCCACCCUGGGCUCCUACUGGGAGGAAGGA